AAGAGCAAGUAAACACACGGCCGUCUGAACACGAGCUGGGUUUGCGCACCCCUCGCGAUGCGAAUCGGGGUGCCAAAGCACCCCCCUUUUGUAAUCCUUUCAUCCAUACAUAAUACAAAUCAUCGCCGAUGUAAUAUUGAUAAAACUUCUCUCUACGUGUGUCAGUCUUGGUCUGACCUUUGUUCUUGGUUGGCCACUCCAUCCAACAAGGGUCACAGUAUCUCUUCUCUACCCCCGUCUCUACCACCGUCGACGCCGGAGCUUGCUCAACCUCUAGUUUCGUCACGGUUGGACCAAUUUUUGAGGAACCAAACUUUUUCAUCAUCUCUCAAAACUUCCCCGUAGAUAUGAGAACCCAAGACACCUGAGCACUGCCUUCCUCCGUGCCAUACAGGUAGCUUGCCCUGCGUGAAAAGCUACAAACCACUGUAAUGGCGUUUUCCUUUGGUAGCCUGCUGUCUGCACUGCUUUCAUGGACGACUUCCAUCAUUCUCGUCCUCGUCGUCGUUGUCCUCGUCAUCUCCUGGCUUCAUCAGAAACCAAAGGACUUCCCUCCGGGUCCUCGAGGACUUCCCAUCUUCGGGAAUGUCCUCGACCUCGAGCAGGACGAUGCAUUCGCCGAGAAGUUGAUGCGUUGGGGUAAGGAGUAUGGACCGGUGUAUGGCGUGAAGAUUGGGUUUUCAAACGACGUGGUGGUCUGUGGAGCCGAAAUGAUCAAGACAUUGCUCGUCAAGAAAGGAUUGGACUUCGCUGAUAAGCCCAAACUUGUUGAAGCUGACCUCUACAACAAGGAAAGAAGAGGAAUCUUUGUAUCGCGUUGCACAGAUGGAUGGGCACAGCAACGUCACUUCGCCCACACCACUUUACGAGGGAUGGGCUUCGGGAAAGUAGCGCUAGAACCUAUUAUACAAGAAGAGGUAGAGGACAUGAUCAAACAGUUCACGUCAUACAAGAGCCAGCCUUUCGAUCCGCAGGGGCCACUGGCGACCAACUCAUCCAACGUCAUCUGCCGACUUACAUUUGGACAUCGCUUCGAGCACAACGACCCGGAAUUCCAUCAGCUCAUGGACUACCUGCGAGGCAUUAUGGGAUUCCGAGCAGAAGUAGAGGUCAUGGUUUUCCCCUUCCUCCAACAUGCCUAUAUUUACAAGGAAAGAUGGCAGCGAAACCACGUGUCUGUUCAAAACAUGCUCAAUUAUUUUGGCGGGAAGAUUGACGAACACAAGACGAGACUUUCAAACACAACCGCCGCGAAUCAAGAACACGAUGUGUUAGAUUUUAUUGACGCGUACCUUCUUCAAGCUAAGAAAGACCCGGUGCAUUUCAACGAUGAAGAACUCAAAGUUGUCUUGUCAGAUCUGUUUAUCGCCGGGUCAGAUACAGUCUCUACCACAUUAUGUUGGGCUAUUCUUUAUAUGGCGGCAUAUCCAGAUAUUCAAGGGCAAGUGCAAGCAGAAAUACAGGAGGUGAUCGGUGGAGACCUCGUAUGUUUAUCACAUCGAGGGUCAAUGCCCUACACAGAAGCGACGUUGAUGGAGCUACAGAGGUUAGCUAGCGUGGUACCAAUCAAUCCCCAUGCUGCAUUCCGGGAUUCGAUGCUUGGAGGGUACCACAUACCCAAAGGAACAAGGGUGUGGAUCAACAUGUGGUCUCUUUUUCGCGACCCAGUAGACUGGCCCAACCCUCAUAAAUGUGAUCCGCAUAGAUUUCUCAACAAAGACGGGACGAAGGUUGCUCAUCAAGAUAGUUUCUUGCCCUUCUCAGCUGGUCGUCGGAUCUGCAUGGGAGAACAGCUUGCCAAGAUGGAAUUGUUUUUAUUCUUCGUAUCCCUGAUGCAGCACUUCAAGUACGUGUUUGCCGACCCCGACAAGACGCCAUCAUUCGAAGGAGUAGUGGGAUUGAACAGGCAACCAAGACCGUAUAAGGUCAAGGCAAUUCUCAGGAACAAAUAACAUUCUUUAAUGAAAUGAUUUGUUGGAAUAAUUUGCGUCAUUGUUUUCCACUUUUUUUCCUCAUUUUGACUCGUAUUCAAUUCUGUUGAUAUAAAAUUCACAAUGUUGUAUGAUUUUGUAGUAUAAAACAAAUAUAAUAAAGAUGCAAUAUAUCAAUAAUACUGACCAUACAAAUAUCAAUGAUAAUGCAUACCUAUAAAUAUUGUUCUGAUCAUGGUGAUUAUUUGAGUUAUAACAUUUGAAGUAACAAUGAUUAGUAUCAUAAGGCGGGGGUCAUGGCACCGGGGGGGGGGGGGGCUUGGGGCUUCCCACAUAUUUUCAAACAUAAAAAAACCCAUCUGAUUGAGAUUUUUUUUGCAUGGUCAGCCCUCCCCCGACUUUUAAACUGUUCCGCGGCCACUGUAAGAGUAAUUAUACCAACAGGAAGAAGAAAGAAGUUUCAAGUUUUUAGUUAGUUUUUGACAAUAGUGAAAGUAAUGACGAUGAUACUGAUUAAAUGAUUCAAAGAUUAAAAAAAGUUAAUAAUGACCUCCACUUUAAACGCUAAUUACAGUUUUGUAGGACCUAAAAUUGAUCUGUUAUGCUUUUUUUAUUUAAAGUAGUCAGCAGUAACAUAAAAUAUUAAACUAGGAUGUUGUGAAUAUUUUCAUCAUCAGAGCUACAGACAGGAAUUGAAAAAUAUAUAGUCUUCUUGUAAAAAAUGUUGAUCCAUUUUGUGAAUAGAAUCUGUAAAGCUAACGAGAGAUUUCACGCUCGAAAGACCAAACAAAUUGCGCUAACAUCAUGCAGCUAUACACUGAACUCUUUAGAGAUCUAAAUUAAAAUAUCAGAUGAACUCGUACGUAGUUGGAUUAAUAGUUGUCUUUUGUAGGAAGAAUUAAAAUGAAGUAGACAAACCUAUAUUUUAGCUGAAACAAAUGUAACUUCGAAUAAGAUAAGCAUUGAAAUAAGUUGAUUAAACGUUGUUCUGAACUUUGAAGAAAGGAAAUACCUCCUUUAAGCGCUUGAACUAGCAAUAAGCACUCCCCCAGGUACCAUUGUGGGUUUUCUUUUUUUCAAAAUGAUUCUGACUUGUGCGUUUCAUUAUUGCACAAUUAUUAGACAUUGUACGUUUUUGUGUCAACUCGAAAAUUAGUCUGACAUUGCUUUUGCAGACCAGGAUUGUAGAACGAAACUUGAACUGUAUGAAAACUUCAUUCGGAUACUAUAAUGGCAGACUCCCUUUCAUCAAGUUGUUGAUAUUUCAUUUUUUUUUUGCCUGGAUAACAUUUUAAAUGAUAUUUUAACUUACAGAUGCCCUUGCUCGAUUAACACAAAUUCGUAGAGUUAAACAGUUCUCGACGAAAUAAUAUUUUGAUUGAUAUUAAGUGUGUUUUCGAAAAUAUUUAAAAUGAUUAAGUUGCCACAUUGUUUUACAACAUAAUCUAGUUUAAAAAAAUAAGCUGAUUCGCAUCUUAAUGAACAAUGCUCAUGGAGUUUUGUGGUAUAAAAUGUAUCAAGAAAUAACAAUCAUAAAAUUAUGAGUAUAGAAUUUUUGCUCGAGUGCCAAAAAUAAUUAUUUCCUUGUUACGUGCAUGAAAAAUUUGUCAAAAUUUAGAAAAGUGAAAAAGAAAAUAGGCUGUCGCUUAUUUCAGAUGAGAAUAGUUAAUUGAAGUAUUAUGGAAAGGACAGGUAAAUAUCGUAGACUCUGUGUUGGACGUUCGUAUGUAUUCAUGAUAUUAUAGAAAAUUUAUUUUGUAUUACAAUUCGGAUAUUGUAAAUGGAAGAGACUCUAUUAUUUAUUUUGAAAAAGAAUGUAAUGUGCUAUUUAACAGAUUCGGGUAGCCAAUAAAAAACAAACGUGUACAUGCGGCAGUACUGAAUAAAUUAUGCUGGAUAAUCAUUACUAGAAAAGAAGUGAAUGAAUUUGUUAUUACUCAUGUGUGUUUAUUUUGCAGAAGAAAGUACCACUUGAUUGAAUCACAUGCUGAUUUCGCAUCAAAAUAAAUUAACUUGUGUAGUUACUUUCUUGAUCUCCG